GGAUAUUCAGUUGUUUGUGUUCCAUUUCGAACCGCCUGACCAUGAAGCCCCUUUGCUGGCUUCAAGCCAGGGGGGCAGGUUGUUGUCAAGAUAAAGGGAGGCCACCUUGCAAAGGAAUGCUUCAAGUCUAUAACCAACAGGGCAAGAGAGGAUUGCACUAUUCAGGACAACGUCCAAAGAGUGACCGUAUGUACUGAUAAUCAAACUAUCUACAUCUUCAUCUUUUCUCUUGCGAUCCUUUACUGUCCGUUGUACGAUCCGUUGUCCAGCUGCCUUGCCUUAGUAUAUCCCAUCAAAAUCAGUCUAUUUUCGUUCAAUUGUUCCCUUUAUCAUACUUGUCUUGUCUCCUUUAUCCUUUGAGGAAGAGCGAUUCACACAUCAGACAUCAGAAGCCAUGCUUCCGGGAAUACUCCCCUUCGUCCUCGCAGGCUUCUUGGCAUUGGUCACUGCCACACCAGUGCCACAGCAUAUGGCUGAUGAUAUCGCGGCUGACAAACUCGUGUUUUGCCAUUUCAUGAUUGGAAUCACCAGCAACCGCCAAAGCGCUGCCGACUAUGACGACGACAUGAAGCGUGCGAAAGCCCUGGGCAUUGACGCAUUCGCGCUGAAUAUUGGUGUAGAUCCGUACACAGAUGCUCAGCUUAGCUUGGCCUAUGAGUCUGCCGCAAAGAAUGACAUGAAGGUCUUCUUGUCGUUUGAUUUUAACUGGUACAGCGCCGGGCAGGCCAGCGCCGUGGGCGCAAAGCUCAAGCAGUAUGCAAGUCUACCAGCUCAACUUAUAGUGGACAAUAAAGUCUUCGCAUCAUCCUUUGCAGGCGACGGCCUCGAUAUCCCUGCCAUGCGGUCCGCUGCUGGAACGGAUGUGUUCUUUGCUCCGAAUUUCCACCCGGGUGUUGGAGACUUCAAUGCAAUCCAAGGCGCAUUGAACUGGAUGGCGUGGGAUAAUAACGGCGAGAACAAGGCUCCGUCCCCUGGCCGUAACGUUACUGUCGCUGAUGGCGACAAGGCGUAUGUCGAUGCUUUGAAGGGGAAGCCAUAUAUUGCGCCUGCUUCUGGUUGGUUCUUCACCCACUUCGGUGGUGAAGUGUCCUAUAGCAAGAACUGGGUUUUCCCUUCUGAUCUUCUCUGGUAUGUUCGCUGGCAACAGAUCCUGAGCCUCGGUCCUCGCUUUCACUAUAUUGGGCCGUUGGCUUCGCCACAUACAGAUGACGGGGCGUCCAAAUGGGUCAUGGACAUGCCACACACUGGCUGGCUCGAGAUGUCCAAGCCUUUUAUAGCCGCGUAUAAAGCCGGAGACAAAUCAGUCGAUAAGUAUAUCACAGACGAAAAGUUGAUCUACUGGUAUCGACCUACCCCGAGAGAUGUUGACUGCGACUCCACUGACACCACCAUGGAAGAGAGUCCUAAUAAAUCUAGCGGCAAUUUCUUCCGAGGUAAACCCAACGGAUGGGAAACCAUGCAAGAUGCAGUGUUCGUCGUUGCAUUGCUCAAGUCACCUGCUACAGUUGCAGUUUCCUCUGGAAAAAACAGCAAGUCAUUCGAGGCUCAGGCCGGUGCCAGCGCCUUCACGGUGCCAAUGGGGGUCGGUCAGCAGAAGUUUGCAAUUACACGUGAUGGUAAGAACAUUAUGGAAGACACAAGCCUGAAGGAUAUCGUUGAUACUUGUAUUUGUGGUAUCUACAAUUUCAACCCAUAUGUCGGGACCGUCCCAGCUGAAAGUCCCAUUGACAAGCUCGAACAAGCCGGCCUUGCAAUGCUCAGUCAAGGAUUGAAGGUACCAUGUCCCACAAACACCCUGGGAGCUAGUGGUCCUCGUGUUACUCCCUGA